GUGUGUGUGUGUGUGUGUGCAUCAUUUAACCUCUGUCCCACUUUCUCACUUUCUCAGUUUCUCAUCGGGACUGAACUCGACCUGGCUGCAGGAUGUCUCGCGCUGCGGACAGACUCAAACUGCUGAUCCAUCACCUGGAUCGAUCACAAGCUGCGAUCCGAGCAGCACCGACCUCAGCUCAAACCUUCACGCACAGCAGCCAGCCACACAAACUGAGAUACACCUUAGAGACGGACCUGCUGAGCCCAGAGCAGCGAUUCUUCUAUGAGGAAAAUGGCUUCAUCCUCAUCAAGAACCUGGUGUCGGAGGAGGACAUCGACAAGUUCAGGAAGGAGUUUGAACGCAUCUGUCGACAGAGAGUGAAAGUUCCCGGCUUGGUGGUGAUGAAGGACGUGGCAAUCGCCAAGUCAGAGUUCGUCCAGGAUCAGAGGGCCGUCUCCAAACUCCAGGACUUCCAGGAGGAUCCCGAGCUGUUCCGGUACUGCAACCUACCGCAGAUCCUGAAGCACGUGGAGUGUUUCACGGGACCGAACAUCAUGGCCAUGCACACCAUGCUGAUCAACAAACCUCCUGAUGCAGGUAAGAAGACGUCCCGUCACCCGAUGCAUCAGGAUCUGCACUACUUCCCGUUCCGACCGGCCGACCAGAUUGUCUGCUCUUGGACGGCCAUGGAGAAAGUGAACAGGCAGAACGGCUGCUUGGUCGUCCUGCCAGGAACUCACAUGGGCACGCUGCAGGAGCACGACUACCCCGAGUGGGAGGGUGGGGUGAACAAGAUGUAUCACGGUGUACGAGGCUAUGACUCGCAGCACCAGAGGGUGCACCUGGAGAUGGAGAAGGGCGACACCGUCUUCUUCCACCCGCUGCUCAUCCAUGGCUCCGGCAUGAAUCAGACACAGGGGUUCCGCAAGGCCAUCUCCUGUCACUACGCCAGCGCUGAGUGUUAUUACAUCGACGUGAAAGGAACCACUCAGGAAAACAUAGAGGAGGAGGUGAAGGAGAUCGCGUCCAGGAAGUACGCUGUGGACGAAAUCACAUUCAAGGAUACCUGGGCUUUUAGAGGUCGUCUGGUGCAGGGAGAGAGGAUUUCACUGUGAGGACGCCAUUGAUCAGAAGACGGCAGAAUGAUGGCAGAAUGACGGCAGAAUGACGGCAGAAUGACCAAUCACUGAGCUGAGAGGAGAGUAGGUUAAUAUAGUGCUGAGCUCCUUAAAGUAAAAUCCCUAAAUUCCUUUAGCAGAGGAGGAAUAGAGCGUUUAAGACUACUUACUGUACAUGUAAUCAUGCUCAGAAGAGUUGGGAGAUUUGUUCUGGAAAAAGGUCAUGUGGUCCUAACAGAAAACAUAAAGACAGGGAAUCAGAUUUAAAUGAAAUAUAUAUAAUUUACCUCAUCAGAGUUCUGAGGAAAAUGAAUCCUCUGACUUUCUUUCAACCUCGUGCUGCUUGUUUUGCAGCACAAAAUAAAGCUGAAUUAGCACUUAAAAAAGAAACAGACCUGUGUGGAACAAUGGAAAAAGCUGUAAUUUAGUUUUCAAAGAAAGGGAUGUUAAGUGCGAAGAUGUAAGCCUGAGAAAGACUUGUGGCAUGUUGCUUUGACAGAAAAAUGAGUAUUGCUGACUGGCUGAUUAAAGCACUAACAUGGGUCAGGAUUGGGAUUGAGUAUCGUGAAUUUUAUCGAUUCCAAUUCUGCUCAUCGAUUCCGAUUUUCUAUUCCAAUACGGUAACAAAUGGGUGAAAUGUUUAGAUAACAAAAACAUCUUUAUUCUUUGAAGACACAAAGAUACACAGGAUCAUUUUUAUUUUACAUGUGUCUGUUGUUCGACAACAUUUUAGGGAAUUAGGGAUGUGUUGCCACUUCAGAUAAGUAAUGAUAUCUCAGCAAUGACUCAACAAACUAACUUUAACACAAAACAAAUCAUAUAUCUCUAGGAAGUGAUAAGCAGAACACAGGGGAUUUGGUUCUACUUUGGAACAGAGUUUAGGAUCUCGACCCCAGCCUUGAUUUAAACUGCCUUAUAAACGUAUCACUGUGUAAAUCGUCUUGUUUCUUUUGAUUGAUAAAUGUUUGAUAACGAGUGAGUGGGUUUUAAUAUUGUUUGUAUGAUAAUUAUGAAGUUUUAAUACGCUUAAUAAUAAAAAAUUGCUGCUAUAAUUAUGA